AAUAUUACAGAUGAUAUCUGACCUACGCUACCGCAUACACUACCGUCGGAACUUUACGCGUGCGCUCCACGGCGUCGCAAAUACCUACGGUACCCACUCCGCCUACCUAGCCCACUUUCUCGACCACUGGGCUAACAAAUACGACUUUAGGGCUAGAGAAGACUGGUUGAAUAGCUUUCCCCAGUAUGUGACGAAUAUUCAGGGCCUAGACAUCCACUUCAUCCAUGUAAGACCUCCCAACCCUCGCAAGAAGGUGCUCCCAAUCCUGCUGCUGCACGGCUUCCCCGUCACCGCCUUCGAGUUUGUCCACGUCAUUCAGAACCUGAUGGAGGAGAGAGAUGACUGCGACUUCGUGUUCGAGAUCGUCGUGCCACACUUACCGGGGUAUGGGUAUUCAGAGGCCACAUACAAGCCCGGCAUGGCGCUGUACCAAAUGGGCAUCAUCAUGAAGAACCUGAUGCUGCGCCUGCGCAAACCGCGGUUCUACAUCCACGCCGGAGACAUGGGCCACGUGGUGGGGGACGCUAUUGCUACACUCUUCCCUGAGAGGGUACUGGGAUUCCAUACUAAUUUGCCUAUCAGUAACCGUCCCCAAUCGCUGACCAAAUGGGUGCUAGGGCAACUGUACCCGCCAGCAGUCGUCGACGCGAGGUACGAAGAGCGGAUGUACCCUCUCUCAACUCGCCUGCAGGAGUACCUGGAGCACUUCGGCUACUUCCACAUGCAAGCUACUAAGCCGGAUAACCUGGGACACGGCCUCGACGAAUCCCCGGUGGCUUUAACUUCCUGGCUCCUUGAAAUCUUCAUAAUGGGCACGGACCCCACCGGCCAGUUCGUCAUCGACGGGAACCUGUCGCAGCACUACGACAUGGACGACUGGCUCGACACCUUCACCAUCUACUGGGCGAGCCAGAGUGUGACGACUGCUGUGCGGUCGUAUGCUGAGUUCAUGGCAUUGAGGAGGGAUCCGUUGUCGUUUGGUAUCUUGAUUUACUUUAAGUCCCCAGUAGCACUAGUUUCUUGGCUCCUCGAGAACAUCAUGAUGGGCACGGACCGCACCGGCCAAUUCGUCAUCGACGGGAACCUGUCGCACUACGACAUGGACGACUGGCUCGACACCUUCACCAUCUACUGGGCGAGCCAGAGUGUGACGACUGCUGUGCGAUCGUAUGCCGAGUUCCUGGCGUUGAGGAGGGAUCCGUUGUCGUUUGGUAUCUUAAUGACUCCGACGCCCGUCUUGUUCGCCGCCAUCAACUUCCGUUACGAGAUAGUCUACAUGCCCGACGACUUCCUUCGGGACAAAUACCCCAACCUGGUGCAGACGACCACGCUGGAUUUCGGCGGACAUUUCGCUGCCUACCAGGUGCCGGCUGUGCUGGCUGACAGUAUAUGGACUUCUGUGGCCAAGAUGGAAAUGGUCCGUAGAAACCAAGGGGCAAAACCUUAAUC